ACACCAGUGGUCCCUUUCCGCUAUCUCUCUCUCUCUCAUCCUCCGGAGCGGAGCAACCCAAGCAGCAAAACCCAGACCAAUCCUCUCCCACACCUCCGUUGAUCGAUCUCGCCGCUUGCCAUGCCGCCGUCGGAGGGAGGGCUGGGCGUGUCGGAGUUCUCGCUCCCGGACGACGUCCUGGCGGUGCUGCCGCGGGACCCCUACGAGCAGCUGGAUCUGGCGCGCCGCAUCACGGCGCUGGCCGUCGCCGGCCGGGUCACGGCGCUCGAGCGGGAGGCGGCGCGCCUCCGGGACGGCGCCGCGGACAAGGACCGCGAGAACGCCGAGCUGCGGGAGCGCGUCGCGCUGCUCGACCGCGCGCUGCAGGAGACCAACGCCAGGCUCCGCGCCGCGCUCGAGGACAAUAUUAAGCUCAGCAAGGAGCGGGACUCGCUGGCGCAGACGUCCAAGAAGCAGGCGCGCGACCUGCAGAAGCUGGAGUCAUUCAAGAGGCAUCUGAUGCAGUCGCUCCGUGAUGAUAGCUCAUCGCCACAAGAAACAGUCGACAUUACAACAUGUGAUCUGUCAGUAUCAUCCAAAACCUCGUCCUGUGGAGAUGGAACUAUCAGCCAUUCUACAACAAAUCUAUUGAAUGGUUCUGUGGAUGUUGGAAGCACAACCAGAGAAGCAGCAAGGCCUCCAGUCCAAAAGUACGCCCUCUCGCCACACAUCAGCCAACGCCUUACGCCAGAAGCCACCCCGAACUUGAUGUCUACCACUGCUUCGCCAAGAGGAAUGUCUACCACAGCGACGCCAAAGCUGAUGUCUGGAGCUACCUCACCCUCAAAAACUCGAAUGGAGGGACACAUGUCAAUGACACCAUGGUAUUCAAGCAAGCAGUCAACUGCAGCAAACUCACCUCCAAGGGGACGUCCCAACCCAGGUCGCACUCCUCGUAUUGAUGGAAAAGAAUUCUUCCGUCAGGCCAGGAGCCGUCUAUCAUAUGAACAAUUUGGAGCGUUUUUAGCCAACAUCAAAGAGCUCAAUGCUCAUAAGCAGUCACGAGAGGAAACUCUCAAGAAGGCUGAAGAGAUAUUUGGUCCAGAGAGCAAGGACUUGUACCUGUCUUUUCAAGGCUUACUGAACCGCAGCUUGCCGUAGGGCACAUGAUUCACAUUGUUUCUGCUGGUAAGGUUUCUUACCGAACUAAAGAGUUCC